AACCACGAACGGCGCUCGUCGCGAUAGCGAACGCGACUGUCGACGACGAGGAGAAGAAAAGCGGGUGCGUGGCGAAAAUUAGUGUGCGGCACCUCUCUUCGAGGACAUCCGGCUCAUACAGUCAAGUUCUUUCCAGUUUUCGCCAAUUAUGAUGCACACAUUGCUUAUCAUGCUCUACUGUAUCGUACUUCUCAUGAUUGCCGUUGCUGCGCGGGCGAACAUUUAUUUGCCUCUAAUAAAGGACACCAAAGAGGCAUGUAAUCCAUUAUUCGGAUGUACCCAGGAGGAUGAUUUAUGGACCGACAACUUUUUACAAGAAUUGAUCGAUCAGGUAGGAAAUGAAUUCGUGAGUGUGUCCGAUUCGUACUUGGAAUAUCAGGAGGAGAAAGCCAAGGAGUUGCCCAUGGAAUUGCCGGCCGAUUACGAUAGUAUGGACACGCUGAACCCGAACCCGAGUAUACGAGAUCAGGAGUAUCUGCAGCACAGUACGCUCUGGGGUCACCAACGGUUCGAUAAUAAUAAAAAUAAUAACAACAACGGCUAUGACAGACAUAGGAUUCAAUCUGGUCUGAAAGGACUCAAGGACGAAAAAGCGGAAAAUCCCUUACCGGCUUACUGCACUCCUCCGAAUCCCUGUCCGAUAGGAUACACGAGUGAAAACAAUUGCCUCACCAAUUUCGAAAACACAGCAGCGUUUAGUCGCGACUAUCAAAGCGCACAGGAUUGCAUGUGUGACACGGAACAUAUGUUAGAAUGCUCCAACGAUUCUGGAAAUAGUAACAGUUUGUCGAAUAUGCAUAUGUCGAAUUCAGACCUCAAUCAAAUUGUCGAACAAUUUCAGGAAGAUAAUCCGUUCUUUCAAGGAGAAAAAUUGCCGAUAGCUGCAAAGAAAGGCAUACACGUGAUUGAUUAAAGACUGCAGAAACAUCUCGGGAAGAAAUUUGGAAACGAACGUGAAAGCAUUAAAGUUCCAAAUUUAAACAAAAAAAAA